AUGUCAGUAUUCGAUAUGUACGAUACGUCCAGUUUUGGCGAGGGUGACUUGUUGUCCUCUGAUUCCAGCCAUGUCUCCAGCUGCCCGACUCCAGAUUCGGAGCUAGGGAGCGUUCUGGAAUUAGACAAGCUGCAUAUUGCAAUGCCCUCCUCGUUCGUUCGCGUUCCGGACUUUUUCACGUCUAUCAUGGCCAUGGAUCCGAUUGUGAACCCCAACUACUUUGCAGCCAAGGCUAAGGGGGAUCGAUGGAUUGCAAGACAUAUGGGUUUCGACAAAGCGACAGCAGCAAAAAAUGCACAGGCUGAUCUGUGUUUCCUCGCCUCCAUCUGGUCGGCAACUGCAUCUGAGGAUCGUUUACUCAUGAUGCUGGACUGGAACCAUUGGGUGUUUUUAUUCGACGAUGAGUUUGACGAAGGACGCCUGAAGGAUGAUCCAGUCGCAGCAGCAGAGGAAGUGAAGCAGACCUUGGCCAUCAUGGAAGGGCCGUCACCCCGGUACACACCAGAUUCGAAUCCCAUUCGUUACAUCUUCCAGACGUGCUGGGACAGGCUGAGGGCUGGGUCCAGUCCAGAAAUGCAACAGCGGUGGAUAGAUCAGCACAAACGCUACUUUGAGCAGCUUCUGGUACAAGUCGACCAGGAGGUCAGAGGUGAGAACUUCACACGCGAUGUUGAUGCGUACAUGAACCUGCGGAGAGGCACGAUCGGUGUGUAUCCGGCCAUUGCCCUGGCCGAGUACGGCGGAGACAUCAGGGUACCACAGCAAGUCUACGACCACCCAAGCUUGCAGAAAAUAAUGCAAAUUUCGGCCGACCUAGUCAUAUUGGUCAACGACGUCCUAUCUUACCGCAAGGACCUGGAACUGGGUGUAGAAAACAACCUGAUCUCACUCCUUAUGAAAAGAGAUCAAUUCAGUGCCCAGCAGGCCAUCGAUAAGAUUGGUGAGAUGACCAACGACUGCUAUCGCCAGUGGUAUCUUGCUCUGGCAGGGCUCCCUUCCUAUGGCGAGAGAAUUGAUCGCGAGGUCACGAAAUUUGUAGAAGUUUGCAGAGCAAUGGCACACGGUAAUCUGUAUUGGAGUUUCCAAACGGGUCGCUUCCUGGGAACUGAGGGUCAUGAUGUUCACGAGACAGGUCUCAUGCAGCUUCCCCCUGAUAUCGUAUCUGCCCCCACGAUUGAGCCCGGGGAGGCUACCCCAGUGCAAAUUCAACCCUACACAGAAGUCGACCCAUAUGUAGAAUAUCUCUCGGAUUCCACCGGAAACCAUCCUGACAUCAAGUCUGGACUGUUCUUCCGUCUUUUCUCAACUCUUUCCAACAUGUUUGGUUCACUUCUCCUACUCUUGGUUGCCUCUGUGGUCUUGUAUUACAUCGCCACUGCGAUCUACUGCGUGACUCUACAUCCUCUUGCAUCCUUGCCGGGCCCGAGACUAUGUGCCUUCAGUCGCAUUCCUUACUGGUAUGUCUCCAUCAAUGGCGACGACGUUGCAUGGAUGAAGCGGCUGCAUGAUCAGUACGGUCCUGCGGUGAGGUUCGGCCCAACAGACCUUAGCUAUGCUUCGGCCCAGGCAUGGCAGGAUAUUCAUGGCCAGAAGCCACAAGAGAAGGCGCUCGAGUUUUUUCCUCCUCCUAUCAAUGGAGUGGCGCCUAUGCUCACGACUACUUACGAAAAUCAUGUUCGGAUGCGUCGUUUAUUCUCUCCGGCAUUCUCAGCACGAUCACUGAAGCAGCAAGAGCCUCUUUUCAGGAAAUUUACAGAUCUUCUGAUGUAUAAACUAUCGGAAGUAGGUGAAGACGGCAAAAAGCCUCUUGACUUGGCACAAUUGUUGAACUUCGCUACAUUUGACGUUAUGGCUGAGCUCACCUUCGGCCAAAAUCUUGGGAUGCUCGCGAAAAACGAAUAUAGCCCGUGGGUGACAGCGAUUGUUGAAAGCCUCAAGCUUCUGCCCGUUAUGGCAAUGAUCAACUACUACCCAAUCCUGACUGCUCUAUUUGCACGCUUCGAACCCAAGUUCAUUCGCGAGCAGAGGAGGAAUCACUGCAUGAUGUCCCAAGACCUCGUCAACAAGCGUCUGGAAGAUGGGUCAAAUCAACCUGAUGUUUGGAACCUCGUGAUACAGGAGCAAGAAAAGGGCCUUACUCUGGGGGAGAUGCAUUCCAACUCUGAGAAUUUUAUGUUAGCUGGUUCGGAGACGACCGCUACUCUUCUGAGCGGUACAAUAUUCUAUCUUUUCAAAGAUCCUCAUAGGUUCGAAACUUUGCUCGAGGAGGUCAGAAGCUCGUUCCGUAGCCAGGACGACAUUAAUUUUGAGAGCCUCGGGAGCCUCAAAUACCUCAACGCAUGUCUCAAAGAGGGACUUCGUGUCUACCCCCCAGUGCCGAUAGGUAGUCCGCGUGUCGUACUUGAGGGUGGGCAGAUGAUUCUUGGCGAAUGGAUUCCCGCAGAGACGCGAGUAUCAGUUCACCACUGGUCGACAUAUCACUCCGAGGCCAACUUUACAGACGCCGACAGCUUCAUCCCUGAGCGAUGGCUAGGGACAGACCCCAAGUACGCUAACGAUUCUUUUAACUCUCAUCAGCCUUUUGGAUUUGGUCCUCGAAACUGCAUUGGGCAAAACAUGGCCAUGCACGAGAUGAGACUGUUGCUGGCCACACUGCUCUUCAAAUUCGAUCUGGAGCUCUGCGAAGGAUGUGAGAAUUGGGCCACUCAGAAGUCUUAUGCAUUGUGGAUUAAGGAGCCGCUGAAGGUCCGCGUAAAGCCAGUGGAAGCGCGAAAAAAGGUCGUGAGUACUUUUAUCACGUUAGUUCUGGAAAGAAGCUGCGCUGCAGCACUUCGGUGGGAGUUGCAACAGACUCCAGAGAAGCGAGACGAAAACAACGUGCUUGAUCUGAAAUGA